AUGUUUGACAUAUUGUUCGGUUGGUCCAAAGCGUCCAAAUGUAAGAAGGCGAUCAAAAGAGCCCGGUGCCGGCUCAGCCUACUCAAGAACAAGAGGCGCGCAAUAGCUAGGCAACUGAGAAAGGACUUAGCCGAGCUAAUACAAAGUGGGCAUGAAGAAACUGCAUAUAACCGGGUUUGUUAUGUUACUGUUCAAUUGCUCGAUAUGCUAUUCUGUCUUAUUUUGUGCAUCCUUCAAAACCUCAUCAGGAUCGGUGCUGAGGUUGAACAGCUUAUAGGAGAUGAAAGCCUAGCAGCAGCGUAUGAAUUGGACUGUCCCAAUGAUAUUAAUGAAGCAGUUUCUAGUCUUAUGUUUGCUUCAGCAAGAUGUGGGGAACUUCCUGAGCUUGGUGUCAUCAGGAAACUCUUUGGACAGCGAUAUGGUGAGAGACUUGCAACUACAGCCGUGGAGCUAUUUCCAGGGAAUCUUGUGAACAAACAAUUGAAAGAGAACCUGACAGUAAAGUCUGUGCCGGAUGAAAUUAAGUACAGAAUGAUGGAUGAAAUAGCCAGAGAUAACUGCCUCCAGCAAGGGGUUUUAGCCAUAGAAUACUACCCCGGUUGGCAACAAAUGCAGCUAGUGGAAAGUGAUGCCCAGAUAAUUGACUCAAUUGCAGGGUCUAAAGUCCACCCUUCUGAUAUUGAAGAGAUGAAAAGAGACGAGGAGCGUGUUACUUCAUUCAUUUCUAAACCAAGUGAUUUCUGUUCUCUGCAAGAAUCUAGCUUUGCCGAUACUUACGCGAUGGUGUCUGCUGUUCAGAAAUAUCCCCCAUAUAUCCUGAAUCAUCCUUUGGAAAAGAAAGUAGUACACCUAGACUUUCCUGAGCUACUUUCUUCUAUAAAUUUUGAUUUGCAAAACAAGGGGGAAAGAAUGGCUUUAACAUCUUCUGCACAAAGAGUAAGUUUCCCUCCCUGUCCUGGAGAAAUGGUACAAUAUGGGGAUGACACUAAGGAGUUUUCUGAAGCAAAUGGUUGUGCCUUCCAGGACCAAAUGCUAUUUAAGUUAAGAUCUUCUGGUCUAUCCAUAAGAGAAAAUAGUCAAUUUGGUUUCGAUGAUAGUGAUGUGGGUCAUGAUGGAUCAGAGAGUGAGAACUCAAGCACAAGGACCUCUGGAAAGAGAAAAAGGAAACAUGAGAAAAGAUCAAGAAGGAGAUCAUCCUCCCUGGAAAACCUAGGCCUUAUGGAUAUUGGAUACAUGAUAUAUUAUCGAAAACCAUGCAAAAGUUCCUCUGCUCAUAAGCAUAAUACUCAUUGCCACAGAAAGUACCAUAAGCCUUCACUAGAAGGAAUUACCCCAUCAAGUUAUGGCCAGAAGAGACUGAUGCUACAUGGUUUCUCAGAAGAGGAGAGGGUUUUACAGUCAAGUCACCGCCAAGAUGGCACAAGGAGAAAACUUUUCAACUUUAGAAUGAGUGGCUGCAGCUUGAACCAGCCUUGUUACUUUUGCCUUUAUAAUGAUAAAGACUAUUUGGAACCACAAUCACUGAAACAAAACAGAGGGAUAAGAGCCACACAUGUUCAACAAGGAGUUUUGCAUGAUGAAUGUUCCCAUUGCCAACCCUUUUGGGAUGAUGAAUUUCACCAAGGAAUUGAAUUGGUUACAAUCCCUCAGAGACUAAAUCCGAGGAGUUAUAGUUGUGGAGCUGAAAAUCGUGCAUUCAACUACCCAGGUUGCCAAGCUGGUAAUGGAAACAAUGAAACAAAAGAAGAAAUAUCUACUUCUCCCCAUGUUUCCAAUCCAAGGACCAAUUGUUCCUCAACAAGAAUAGAAACAGAAGUUACCUAUUCAAGGGCUAUGACCAUGCCCCAAGAGAGGUACAAAAAUGGCAAAGAUAAGAUGUUAAGGACAUAUUCAUGUCCUUCUCAACAUCCUAACCAUGUUCAUCCUAAGUUGCCAGACUAUGAUGAAAUAGCUGCCAAGUUCACUGCUCUCAAGAGAGAGCGCCUGAAAAACAUGAACUGCAUUGGGGACCAAAACAAUGUUUCUUCGACGAUAACUAUAAUGUCUUACAUGCCAUUGGCAGAUCAACACCUUGCAAUACCCAAGCUAAAGCUCCUGGUGCCCACAAAGAAAAUUUGUAUUGUUGAGUGA